GAACGGUCACAUAGCAGGUUGUAAAAUUCCGUGGCUCUGCUGUUUCGAUUUUCAACGCGAAGACCACAACGAAAUAGUGGAAUAAACCGUGAAAAAGUGUGUCCACCCGCCGAAGGACCUUGCGGAGUGGUAAAAUGUCGUGUGCGGCCACCUUAUCGACGGCCAAGGACUCGACAAACGCGGCAAAUGCCAGUGGAGCACCAACGAACACCAACAGCAAUAGCAACACCAACACUACGGCUGUGGGUGUAGUAGUGAGCAGUGCAACGGGGGGCGGGGGUGGGUCAUCAAUUGCAGGUGGCGGAGGUCCGGGUGGCACCACCUCCUCCUCAACAGGGGCAGGGGGCGUGGCAACGAGCUCAGCGGCCGCCGUCGUCCGACGAUUUUCCAUGGAGGGCGUGGGCGCAAGGGUGAUCCGCGGACCAGACUGGAAGUGGAACAAACAGGAUGGCGGCGAAGGACACGUGGGAACCGUGCGCAAUUUCGAGUCCGCCGAGGAGGUAGUGGUGGUCUGGGACAAUGGCACUGCUGCCAACUAUCGCUGCGCCGGAGCGUAUGAUCUUCGCAUCCUGGACAGUGCACCCACUGGCGUGAAACACGAAGGCACCAUGUGCGACACUUGCCGCCAACAACCGAUCUUCGGUAUCCGCUGGAAGUGUGCCGAGUGCAUCAACUACGAUCUGUGUUCCAUCUGCUACCACGGAGAUAAGCAUCACCUGAGACAUCGUUUCUACAGGAUCACCACCCCAGGUGGAGAGCGAACCAUGCUGGAACCGCGUCGGAAGUCAAAGAAAGUGCUAGCCAGAGGCAUUUUUCCGGGAGCCCGUGUGGUUCGCGGCGUGGAUUGGCAGUGGGAAGACCAAGACGGCGGAGUUGGUCGGCGCGGCAAGGUCAACGAAAUCCAGGACUGGUCCUCGGCCUCGCCAAGAUCCGCUGCCUAUGUAAUCUGGGACAAUGGCUCCAAGAAUCUGUAUCGUGUGGGCUUCGAGGGAAUGGCGGAUCUCAAGGUGGUAAACGACGCCAAAGGUAGUAAUGUUUACCGGGAUCACCUGCCACUCCUAGGCGAAAACGGACCAGGCAAGGGACCGCAUGGCUUCCAGAUCGGCGACAAGGUCACAGUGGAUCUGGACCUGGAAAUCGUUCAAUCUCUUCAGCAUGGCCAUGGCGGCUGGACCGAUGGCAUGUUUGAGUGCCUGAGCAACGCGGGAAUGGUUGUGGGCAUCGAUGAGGAUCACGACAUUGUGGUGGCAUACAAUUCCGGCAAUCGCUGGACCUUUAACCCUGCUGUCCUCACUAAAGUAUCUUCGCCCACCACCGCACCACCGGAGUUCCAGGUGGGCGACAUAGUCAAGAUUUGUUCGGAUGUGGAGAGCAUUAAGAAUCUGCAGCGUGGCCAUGGCGAGUGGGCUGAUGCCAUGCAGCUGACGCUGGGCAAGAUCGGACGUGUGCAACAGGUCUACCAUGAUAACGACCUCAAGGUGGAGGUGGGCAACACGUCGUGGACCUACAAUCCCCUGGCUGUUUGCAAAGUGGCCUCAUCGACGGCCUCUGACGGGGGCUGUGCGCCGGUGAUUCCCAGUGGCGAACGGCUCUCGGCCAUUCUCAAGAAGCUGUUCGAACCGAAUGUCUCCGGGGAUGCCACCGAGGAGUUCGUCAAGGCAGCAGCCAAUGGAUUUGCGGCUCGUUGCGAGGAGUACUUGGCCGGAGCAGCUCAACCUUCCACGUCCAGUGCUUCGCCCAGUUCUGGGCCGGAUGUGAAUGUGAAUGGAGUAUUUGCCGGACAUACGGCUCUCCAGGCAGCCAGCCAAAAUGGCCAUAUCGAGGUGAUCCAGGUGCUACUGCGCCACGCCGUUGACGUGGAGAUUGAGGACAAGGACGGAGAUCGCGCUGUCCACCAUGCCGCCUUCGGGGACGAGGCGGCGGUUAUCGAGAUUUUGGCCAAAGCUGGUGCAGAUUUGAAUGCCCGCAAUAAGCGAAGGCAAACGUCUCUGCACAUUGCCGUGAAUAAGGGUCAUUUAAACGUGGUGAAGACGCUGCUCACGCUUGGUUGCCAUCCCAGUUUGCAGGAUUCCGAGGGCGAUACACCUCUCCACGAUGCCAUCUCCAAGGAGCACGACGAGAUGCUCUCCCUGCUGCUUGACUUCGGGGCUGACAUAACGCUUAACAACAACAAUGGCUUCAACGCGUUGCAUCACGCUGCUCUCAAGGGUAAUCCCAGCGCCAUGAAGAUCCUGCUGACCAAAACAAACCGUCCUUGGAUCGUUGAGGAAAAGAAGGACGAUGGCUACACGGCUCUGCACUUGGCAGCACUCAACAAUCACGUUGAGAUCGCCGAACUUCUCGUGCAUAUGGGUAAGGCUAACAUGGACAGGCAAAAUGUGAAUCUCCAGACGGCUCUUCAUCUUGCGGUGGAGCGUCAACACGUCCAGAUUGUCAAGCUAUUGGUGCAGGAUGGCGCUGAUCUAAACAUACCGGAUAAGGAUGGAGAUACUCCGCUGCACGAAGCCCUUAGACAUCAUACUCUUUCGCAGCUCAAGCAGCUUCAGGAUGUGGAGGGAUUCGGAAAGCUUUUAAUGGGUCUGAGGAAUGCCAAUAACAAAAAGGCCUCCGCUUCGAUUGCCUGCUUCUUGGCUGCCAAUGGAGCCGAUUUGACUUUAAAGAACCGUAAGCAGCAGACGCCACUAGAUCUGUGCCCGGAUCCCAAUCUGUGCAAGACGCUGGUCAAGUGCUACAAUGAAAGGAAAACCGACGACUCCGAAUUGCCCGGUAAUGUGGCUGGCACAAGCUCAAAUGCCAGGGCAAGAGCAGCCAGUGGUACUCUGAAUCAGUCCUCGUCAGCCAGUUUGCCGCUGACCAGCAUGGCUGCCUCAUCCACCUUCCCCACCGCCUCCUCAUCCGCCAUAUUAGCGCUUAAUGGUAUCGCCAACGAAAUGAGCCAGUCUCUGCACGAGGAUCCCCCGAAAUCGACAGCCAGUCUGGAUGAGUGUCUGGUAUGCUCGGAUGCCAAGCGGGAUACGGUGUUUAAGCCCUGUGGCCAUGUCAGUUGCUGCGAGACCUGCGCUCCGAGGGUAAAGAAAUGCCUCAUCUGCCGGGAGACCGUAUCUUCGCGCGAGAAGAUCGACGAGUGUCUGGUUUGCUCGGAUCGCAGGGCAGCUGUUUUCUUCCGGCCUUGCGGUCACAUGGUUGCAUGUGAGCACUGCAGUGCUCUGAUGAAGAAGUGCGUUCUCUGCCGUACCCAAAUCGAUGAGAUCCUGUCAUUCAGUCUCUGCUGCGGAGGAAUCGGUCGGCCGGAAAAGGUCACUGUGGCAUCCGGAGGAGUGGCUCCCGUGGGAUUGCCAAUUCCCGAGGAUCGGUUCAUGGAGGCAGCAGCAGCGGCAGCAGCCUGUGCCAAUGCAUCCGGACACAGUGUGGCCAUGAACAACACUGUGGUGACGCCAGUUGCGGGCAGCAGCAAUCAAUUAAAUAGCCAGAACAAUUUGCUGGCCGCUGCAGCAGCCUCUUCAAAUGUCUCGAAUCUGACAGCAGCUGGAAGUGUGAUGGUGGCACCAUCCAAUGUCAACAACUUCCAAAUGGACGAUGUGCAGAAGUUGAAGCAGCAGUUGCAGGACAUUAAAGAGCAGACCAUGUGCCCUGUCUGCUUCGAUCGGAUCAAGAACAUGGUCUUCCUAUGUGGCCACGGCACGUGCCAGAUGUGCGGCGACCAGAUCGAAGGCUGUCCCAUCUGCCGCAAGACGGUGGAGAAACGCAUCCUGCUCUUCUGAAGCCCCUUUCCGGCUCACACAUUCCGCGCACAGCCUGCACAGCCUUCGAAGUAUUAGGAUAUUUAACGGACUCACAUUCUUAUACACACACAAUAUAUCUACACAAUAUCAUAUAUAUAACUAUAUAUCGAUGGUCUUAUAAAGCAAAAAUAUAUUUUUAACAAAUAUUCAAACAAA